AUGGAGGCCGAGAACCAGCAAGCGUCCCACCAGGGUCAAGACGACAACGAGAAGAGUGGCCCAGAUAUCCAAAGAAGCGGCACGAAGCAAGAUCAAGACCACACCAAACAGAUGACUGACAGCGCGGAAGCGAUCUCGGAUCAGGCAUUCCUCGUCACAUUCAGCCAAGACGACCGUGAAAAUCCCCUCAAUUGGCCCAACAAGUUGAAAUGGGGAGUUACAGCGGCCGUGUCUGGCACAGGCUUUGUCCGCAUUAUGGUUUCGACGAUGAUGGCACCUGCAAUCAACACAAUCGCAGCUGAGUUGAAUAUGUCUACCACUGAGUCUACCAUGGCACUGUCGGUCUAUCUUUUGGCGACCGCAUUUGGCCCGCUCUUUAUCGGCCCCUUGUCAGAAGUCUACGGCAGAAAAUCCAUCUUCCACAUCACCACUGUCUGGUUCCUGGUCUGGAACCUCACUUGUGGCUUUGCCAACUCGAAGGGCCUGCUCAUUGCCGCACGCCUCCUGGCCGGCUUCGGGGCCAGUGCAGUAUAUAGUCUGGGAUACGGCGUGCUUGGCGACGUGUGGUCGCCGGAGCAGAGAGGACGCUCCCUGAGCCUAUACCUGCUCAUACCACUGACCGGCUCCGCUGUUGGUCCCAUCAUUAGUGGGUUCGUUGUCGAAUACUCUAUUUGGCGAUGGAUGUUCUGGGCGACUACCAUGCUUCAAGUCAUCCUGGAGCUGUCCUCACUGUUCCUGUUCUACGAGAGCUACGCGCCAGUCAUCCUCCGCCAGCGAGCCGAGGAACGGCGAAAAGAGACUAGUGACCCUCGCUAUUAUGCCGAGAUCGAGAUGCACGAAUCCAGCCGUUCUACCGCCUGGAAGCUGAGCCGCAGCCUAUCGCGCCCCCUCCGCCUCCUAGCAUUCCAUCCAAUCAUCCAGAUUCAAGCUAUAUUGGAGGGGAUCAAUUAUGGGCUGCUAUAUUUCGCAUUGGCCAGCUUCUCUGCCCUCCACGUCUCCGCCUACGGCGAAUCCAUCUCCAUCUCCGGCCUGCACUAUAUUGCCAUCUGCGCCGGUACUAUCUCCGGUUCCCAGCUCUGCGGGCCGCUCAUGGAUUACGUUUACAAGAGGUUGACGACUCGCACCGGUGACGCCCGCGUGCCCGAGCUCCGCAUCCCGCUUCUGCUGCCUGGGGUCUUGUUCACACCCAUCGGAUUUCUGCUCUACGGAUGGGCGGCGCAGUACCAUCUCUUCUGGCUCGUCGUCGACGUUGGUGCGGCCCUGCUGUCCCUCGGCAUGCAGAUCUUCGACACCACGCUGCACGCGUACGUCAUGGAUGCAUAUCCCGAGCAUGUCAGCUCGGCGUCGGCCGCGACCCAGGUGCUGAGGAGCCUGCUGGCGUUUGCGUUCCCGUUGUUCUCGGACAGGCUGUACGCGACACUGGGGUACGGGUGGGGGAACAGUCUGCUAGCGUUCUUAUCCAUUGGCAUCGCGUUGCCGGCGACAGGCAUACUCUGGCGCUUCGGUGCGAAAUUGAGAGCCAGGCAGCAGUCGAGCUAUUAAGUGGUCUUUGGCAUGAUUCAAACACGGGGUUCAUGUUCAUGGUGGUUGUAUUAGAGCAUAUACAGGAAAAUCGUGGUAUUCACCCCCCAUGCGCUUUUCUAGGCCUGUUAACAUUGUCAAGGUGAGAAAAGACAGGGUAGAUGUAGGUGGUGAGAGUGGCCAGAUUGCAUUUGUAAAUGCAUGGUAAAACUGAUCGAAUGAAAGAUGUUAUGGAGGGAGGGGGUAGG